UACUCUUCCGCCAAACACUAAUUUUUCUAGCAGAAAUCCAGCAGCAUCAAUUUUUCUCCUCCUCUCUUUCCUUCUCGUUUCAAAUUCUGUAUUCCAGAAACGAAGGAAGAGAUUAGAGAGCUGCAGAUCCUUAUAAAUCAAAUAGUUGUAGAAGAGACAAGAGACAGGAAGAUUGAAAUGGGGAAGUACAUGGAGUUGUUGGAUGCAGGGGUGAGGAUAGCAGCGAGGUUCCAUUCUCAUUGCCCGCAAACUGCACGCCUAUACUACCAUCCUCCUUCUAACCCUGAAGGCCAUCAUGACUACCACCAUGAAGCCAGGGCUGGCAGUGGCUCUACCGGUCAGGUUCAAGACCCAACCCUCGUGCUCAGCUGUGGUGCCAAGGCAGCCAAGGGGCUUGAAUCUACCGAGCUCAUCUUUUAUUCUGUUGUGUGAAGAAAUUGAUACCCGGCACAACUUUUGACCACACAGAUGAUUAACACAGUUUUGAUAUUAUAUUUACAAUUUCAGAAUCGGAGAUGCUGUUAGUUCAUAUACUCAAUUAAAAUUCUUUUAAUUCUCUCUC